CGCUACUCAAGAUGCUACGUCAAUGUAUGCACAAGCACUCCUCAAGCUGAUCAUGGCCAUAGAUACUACACUGGAAUAAACGCCCGCACUGACUUGCAAACUUGUCCGUCAGAGGCGAAGAUGCCCCUGAGAGAGGCUGAGACGGAGAGUCUCUAUGGCACCAGCCCCAAUAAGUCCAGCAGCCAGACUGACUGGAAACUACUCUUCGCCUGACCACUUGUGCAGAGACAGGUUCAUCCAGUCGCAUUCACGCCAGUCAACCGUAUUGGUACGCUUUCCCCAUGUCGUCGCAACCAGGCAUGGAUGAGUUCUCCUCAAUGACGCUCUACAGUUUCAAUGCCGGCCCAUAUCCAGCACGCGUCAGCAUUGUCAUUGAAGAGCUGAAUCUAGGCGAUCGCAUCAACUAUAUCUUCGUGGACCUGCUCAAGGGGGAACACAAAACACCUGCAUUCAAAGCCAUGAACUACUCUGGGACCCUUCCAGUUUUGCGACUCCAGGAUGAUACGUGCAUCAGCGAGUGUGUUGUGAUUACUCAGCUGCUGGAUGGUCUUCGAGGAGGUGGCCAAUUGACGGGCAAGACACUCAAAGAGCAAGCUGUGAUUCACAUGACCACUCGACGCAUUGAGCAUGAGAUCUUGAACCCAGCCAAUACCUAUUUUCACAUUGCAACACCAGGCCUGGGACCAGCUAUUGAAAAGUAUCAAAACAAAGAGCAUGGCCAACACGAGCUUGAGCGUGCAUUGCUCGGGAUCUGUCACUUCAAUGACAUUUUAGCAGACAGGGAGUACAUUGCAGCCGACUUCUUUUCCAUGGCCGACAUCUGUUUCAUUGCCGCAUUGAUGGUCUUUCAGAUCUGGGAGCAGGAUGCCUCUGAGGGCUAUCCACAUGUCAUUGCUUGGCACAAGAGGAUGUUGGAACGACCGAGUGUGCAGACUGCCUAUCAGUUGUUCACGGAUGCACGAAGCAAGCGGAGGGCCACACAGUCGUAUGGGAAGUAAGUCGUGUCUUGAUCAGCGUAUUGCAGAAAUAGGGCUAGCCGUAUCAUCUAAGAAUGCUUGUUAUCCACGU